AUGUCUCCCUCCGAUAUGCAGUUCUGUCAAAACACAAUGAAAGUCUUGAAACGAAAUAAACGUUCUGUUGCGUUCCAAAACCCUGUGGAUCCCGUACAGUUCAACAUUCUGGAUUACUUUGACAUUAUAAAGCACCCUAUGGAUUUGGGCACGAUAGAUUCUAAGCUUGAACAAAACGCCUACCCUACCGUUGAAGCCUUUUUGGCUGACGUUCAAUUGAUCUUUGACAACUGUUAUCUUUACAAUAACGAAUACGAUCCGGUCACCUUGGACGCUAAAAAGUUGGAAGAAUCGUUUAAAAGACAACUUAAAAAACUGAACAGCAACAAGAGACAGAGUAUGUCUGAUGACCAAUACAAACGAUGUGAAGCCAUCGUGAAAGAGCUCAAGAAACCUAAAUACCAAAGCAUCAGUUGGCCCUUUCUUAACCCUGUGGAUGCUGAUGCCUGGGGGGCCACCGACUACUAUGAUAUCAUUAAACAGCCUAUGGAUAUGUCCACGUAUGAAAAGAAAUUACGUCAAGGCGAAUACCACGAUGAAGAGGAACUAGCUCAGGAUAUCCGACUCAUGUUUCGAAACUGUUAUGCUUAUAAUCCACCCGAGCAUGAUAUCAAUAAGUUUGGUCAUCAAUUGGAACAGGUGUUUGAAAAGUACUGGGAUAAGCUGCAUCAGACUAAGAAGAAGUCCUCUUCCAAGAAGAGACGUACUUCUGAAAAAGCAGUAGCAACACCACCACCACCCAAACCCACAAUAGAGGCAUCAGAGUCACCUUCUGUUAUUCAAAUCAAAUCAUCCGCCAACCUACCCAGUGCUUCAGGCAGACGAUCGAAUAUAUUACGAUUAAAGAUCCCCACAGGCAAUAAUAGUAAAAAAGAGGAGCCAGUGAAGGUGAAUAAACUCAACUUGGCGUUAUCGAAGGAACCUACACAACAUCCAAAAUUAGCGAUCCAUGCACACGCGCCAGCUAAAUUAGCAAUUGGUAAACCUACCUCACCGACGAUGAGCAAGAAACCGGAUGUGUUACCUAAUCAUGACAAAUGGGCGGCGUUAGCCAAAAACGUGACAGCAGCAGCAGCAGCAUCGACAGCAGGAGGAGGAACUUCGGGCAUUUCACUGAUACAUCAACAACAACAGGGUAAGCCUCGCAUUUCACCACCACCCAAAGUGAAGGAGGUGACAAAGGGGUUUGAUAUUGCGGAUUUGUACUCACAGAUCAAGAAUGGAGCCCGUAUUCGAGAAGAAGAGGAGCGCGAGAAGCAGGAGAAGUUUGAAAAGGAGGAGAGGAUUCGUUUGGAAAAGGAACGCAACCCGACGGAUAUCAGUCGGCAAAAAAUGAUGUUUUCAAAUUUCGAAAGAAAAUUAAGCCGAGAUAGCGAUUGGAGUCAUAUGUAUCAUUGGCAACGCGAUACCGUGAAUUAUCGUAAUAUACCCGUCCCUGCGUUUAUCAAACGAUCUGGUGUCAAUCUAUCUGAAUUACGCGGGAAAUUACUUUCGAAGUGUGUUCGUCUGGAAAACUCCAAAUCCGCAACUGCUGAACUGGAGCAAGAAGGUGACUCAGACAUGGAUAUCGAUUAA